GAAAGAACCUGGGCUUGAUCAGCCCGGUAUUGCACUCCGGAUAGAGGAAUUAUCAUGCAUCAGUAAGGUCGCGGAUAUUAUUGGUAUGUUGCGCCACACCCAACCGCACACCAAGUCGUAAAGUUUCAGGUCUUUUGCAAACGACAGUGGCCGAGGACAGAUGCGGUCUGGUCUGUCUUGAAGGAGAGCAUGCCUAAUAAUCGCAGUGCUGCAGUAGUUUGCACGCCUGCAGAAUUGGUGAAUUAGUUAUGGUGCCAGGUUACGCGCAUCAUGUCCAUUAUCUCACGUGCACGCCGUAAUCUCUUAUUUGAGUCCACGCAGGCUGAUAUGUAAUUGCUCAGAUGCGCUUUUGAAACAAUGUGUUUGAUAGCGGUUGCGUUGCUGGAAGCGGCGUUGUCUAGCAAUGUUGGCUACUCUGGUGCGACUCUUCCGGAGGGCAUCUCGUCCGCCUCAGCAUCUGUGGGAAUGUGCGUUUGUAUGCGGCUGUUCAGCGUGGCGAACACAGUCGCGCGAUGCUUCUUGCUCCUGCAGCCAUCGCCCUUCACACCCCUUGACUGCCCCGGACCGCCAGGCGAGAGCCUCUUUCGUUCGGUUGGCGCUGGUCAAGACAAUGCGGAGUUCAAGCACCAGCAGCGUCAGCGUCGUAAGCAAUUGUUUGAUGAUGCCAGAGAGGCAUGCGCUGCCGACUUGCUGUGGGAGGCGAAGCAGGCGUGCAUUGAGGCGAAUCCCAAGACGGGUCUGCAGGGCAGCUGCGUUGCGGAGGUGGGGCGGCAAGGAUGCAAGCUGUAGCAUCAUGUGUGCUCUAUUGUUCGCUUAAUCAUUGCUGAGAUCAGCACUUUCACAGCGGCCUCAGGAUUGCAGGCUCUUGUCCGCAGUAUGCUUUGCUCUGGCACACGGCAUGGAGGUUCCUUUGACUUGGCUUUUGCAGAAGCUCCCGACGGGGGAUCGUCCAUGGCUUGUUCUUUGGUCUUUGGAUUUUCGUAUUGGGCCGGGCACUGAAACUGACCCCUGCCCCUUGCACAUAUACGAUACGUUUGUCCCCCCCAGUGUUGC